GGAUGCAAAAUGGACAUAUUUAAAGCGACUUUGAAAAAAGCACUCUUCCUUUUGCAGCUUCAAGUAACGUUUAUGAACACAUCUGCUGCAGUUUGUCCCUUUGCACUGGAUAUUGCUUUCUUGUUAGACUCAUCAGGCAGUAUUGGUAAUGUCAGCUACCAAGAUAUGAAAACAUUUAUCAACGAAGUUAUUGAUUGUUUUCACAUUUCGCCCACAGACACAAACGUUGGUGUGGUUAGUUUCAGUUCUAGCGCAAGAACAGAGAUUUCAUUCACGUCUCGGCAAAACGUCGAAAUAAUUAAGUCGAUCGUGAGGAAAAUGGAUUAUGACGGUGGGUCUACGCGGAUGGACCUGGGACUCAAAGAGACUCGAGAAGUGUUAUUUUCUAAACAAGGUGAAAGGAGAAAGAAUAUGCCCGAUGUCUUGUUAGCGAUUACUGAUGGAAAAAGCAAUCAGGGUUAUGAACAACAGUCGAAACAGCUGAAGGAUGAUGGGGUAGUCAUCUUUGCAUUGGGAAUUGGUUCCAAGGUUGACGCGGCUGAACUCAAAGCUUUGGCCUCCGACGAGAGUCAUGUGUUUCGUUUCGCGUCAUUCAGGGAAAUGUCACCGACAGAUAACGCUUUAAAAAUCGCACUGGCUCUUUGUUCAGUUGCCAGACCGUCAAACGCAAUCAUCUUUCCUGUGGUCACACAACACUCACUUGUGCAGCACACCGUAAUGUCACGUACUACAACAGACGAUUUUAAAUGUGCACUUCUGUGCAUCAGGCAUAAAUCAUGCUACUCAUUCAAUUUCCACACAUCUUCUCGUCUCUGUGAGCUCAGCAACGCCAAGAGAAUCGACUUCCCAGGGGAUUUCAUGUUUGAUCACGGAUCUGUCUACUUCGAGUUGGAAUUUCUGCGAGCGUGACAAUCAACCUUUUUUUUUUCUCUCAAAGAGUAUACACAAUGAGAUUUGAUAAACAUUAAUCAACUAACAUUUCAGUAAAUAGUUUCUUAUUACCUAUUACAUGUUAACAAGUAUGAUUGAUUGUCAGCGUAGUGUUUUUUCUUAUUUUUAAUAUGAAUACCUUAGUUGUUCGAUAAUCUGUAAUCCAGUAAUCAUUGGUCAGCUCACCCUAAACCGCAGUCACGUGAUUAUACUAUUAUAUCGUUGUACAUAGAUUAGUUUUGUUCAGUUCUAGUAAAGCAGUUGUGCAGAACACUUGCCCCGAUUCACUGCGUAAUCUAUAGUAUUACUCCGGUUCUCUUGUCCGAAUACACAACAGACAGAACUUUGAAUAAAGUGUAUAUAUAGGUUGAGGGGCUGUUUCUAGAUGCCGAGAUUAUCAGGUUAGCCAGGCUUAAGUUCUCCUCACAUAACAAAAAUUGUCAGUGAGAACAAUUUCAAAAGGAAAC